AUGCCAACUGCUGCUGAUACAGGCAGCCUUCUCUGGCGAAACGGGCCACCGGAGAAGCCAGUGCUCUGCAAUGCGUGUGGGACAAGAUGGAGGAAAAAGGGUACAUUGGACAACUACACACCAACGCGUCGUCCCCAAGAUGCUGAAGCCGAGAGGAAACAACCCAAGAAAAAGCCCGUCGUCCGCAGAAUAGUGAAGAAACAACCAUCUUCUGAUCACAACUUGGGGAAGACAGGGGAUGCUGCUGACACUUUUAGUAAUCCAUCUGGUUUUGGAUCAGCGCUAUCGUAUUCAGGUUCAGCCUCGCAAUCACAUGCUCGGGAGUCACUGGUGAUACCAUCAACAAAAAAGACUUGUGUUGGUCGUCGUCGUAAGCCGUCAUCGCUGGAAACGCUUGUAGAGGAUCUCAACUCCAUAAUGCACGAAGAGCAGCUAUGUUCUGGUUCAGGACUUGGUACCAUUCCAGGAUCCUCAGAGGAAGACCUACUGAUUUAUCAUAGCGAGACUCCCGCUAGCUGCUUUGAGAUUGGGUAUGGAAGCAUGCUUCUUAGAUAUCCAAACUCUGAAUCAGAAGCGAGUCAUAUGUGA